GAAAAAUCGAUCGUCACGCACAUUGUUACACUCCAACAGCAUCUCUUUCCAUCGUUUGUAUCUAUCAUUCUCGCGAUUAUCUAUCAACCUUUCCCCCAUCAGUCUCUCCGAUAAAUGGAUCCAAUUGCUUCUAUGGUGGAGAAAGUGAACAGCUUUGCGAAAUCGAGCCAAGACUUAGCCUCCCGCCAGAAUCCGGUAUCUUCCAUCCCGUCUCCUUCUUCUUCUUCUUCGACCUCUUGAUUGAAAUGGAUUGAUAUCUUGAAGCGGUUGCAAAGAGAAGCAUUCUCUGAUCUGAUGAAGCUCAGAGACAGACAAGAGAAAGUUGAGCGGAUACUUUCCUCUUAUAAACUCCCUAAAGGAGGUCCCUUUCGAGAGACCAGCACCCUUGUGAAGGGUGAAGUUCACGCCCUUGGGGGAAUGCUGCUGAUGGGAAACACCGACGAGGAGAGUUUCGUUGGACUCGAGAGACAAGGAGUGAGACCUGGAUUGCUUUCGAGGUUCGUGUUCGAAACGAGUCUUAGGGAGACGGAUAAGCUUGUGGCUGAGCUCGUUGCUGGAUACAAAGGAGAGCACAGUGAUGGUGUUUCAGGGAAACAGGAGCUGUCUUUAGCUAAAGUCUUUUACAAGGCGGAGGUUAAUGAUUGGUUCUCUGCAGUUGCUAUUCCCGUUGGCGCGCGUUUUAGAGACAUUGAUGCUGAUGCUUCUCUUGUGUCUUCUUACCAGGGGAUGAAUCUUACAGAAGUUUCUGAACUUGGACCACCUCUUUUGAACCAACGUAAUGGUAGUGCCAUUGGAUUAACAGUCAGAAAGUCAAACAUGGCAGCUUCUCUGGCUCAAUCCAUCACAAACCUUGAAGCUGAACAAGGUUUGAAUGCGAGGAGUCGCUGUCUCAGAACUUUUGGGCAAGUAACCUGCAACAUUCUGAGUGGUGUGAAACUAUCUCUACUCGGCUGUCACCAGAUUUUAUCACCGUCUAACAGCCUCCACUAUCCUUCUGGAGCUGUUACACUUCCAGUGAGUUUCCUAAGACGCCGUGUUGAUAUUGAUAUGGAGCCUGAAUCAUCAGCACAGUCUCUGGAGAUGAGCAGAAGUUUGGAUCAUGUGUCGUCUAGCUUCAUUGCUUUGAAGGUAGACAGCUCUCUGAUGGACGAGUGUACGAGAAUUGGGGGAUGGAUUGAGAUUCAGAAGUCAAGAGAGAAGCAAGUGAAAUGGUCAGUGUCUAUCACAGACAAACCAGAGGAUGAAGUGGGAUGGGGCAUGAGCGUUGGGGGAGUCUUGGAUGGUUCAAGAAACCAUGAUCUGUUUCAAGUGGAAUCGUUUCUCAAAUUCAACAUAGGCAGCCGGUUUAGCUUAAGUCCAGGUCUUGUUUAUCUUGCCAAUAGUAACGGAAGAACCGUAGGUUUCAUGCUUCAGUCUCAUUGGUCUCUGUGAUUCCUUAAUGCUAGUCUUUCCAAGUACAUUCUUGGUUCUAUUUAACACUGAUUGCAGUUAUAAAAAAUACUAGUGUCUUAGCA